CCACCCCCGGCAGGGUUGGGCCCCGGAUUGCAGAGCGCAGCGCGGGGAUCCGGGAGGAGAGGCGCCAAGCCCCACCUGCUUGUCUGGUCACCGCCGUUCUGGAGCCUCGCGAUUGGACGGCGGGUGCUGAAGCGGAAAGUACCUAGUGUGUAAAAGAAAGCUGGAGAGUAAAAAGGAAGCCUUGCUGAUCCUCUCCAAGGAGCUGGACACAUGCCAGCAAGAAAGGGACCAGUACAAACUCAUGGCCAAUCAGCUUCGAGAGCGCCACCAGUCCCUGAAGAAGAAGUACCGGGAGCUGAUAGAUGGAGAUCCGUCACUUCCCCCUGAAAAGAGGAAACAGGCUAAUCUUGCACAACUACUGAGAGAUUCUCAGGACCGAAAUAAACAUCUGGGAGAAGAAAUUAAAGAACUUCAGCAAAGGCUUGCAGAAGUCCAGGGCGACAAUAAGCUCUUGAGGAUGACAAUUGCCAAGCAGAGGCUCGGAGACGAAGAAAUUGGCAUGCGGCACUUUGCAGCUCAUGAGCGUGAAGACUUGGUUCAGCAGCUGGAGAGAGCUAAGGAACAGAUUGAGUCCCUGGAGCAUGACCUGCAGGCCUCUGUGGAUGAGCUUCAGGACGUUAAAGAAGAACGGUCUUCCUACCAGGACAAAGUGGAGAGGCUCAACCAGGAGCUAAACCACAUCCUGGGUGGGCACGAGAACCGCAUCAUUGACGUGGAUGCCCUCUGUAUGGAGAACAGGUACCUUCAAGAGCGAUUAAAGCAACUCCACGAAGAGGUCAACCUCUUGAAAUCAAACAUCGCCAAGUACAAGAAUGCUCUCGAGAGACGGAAAAACUCGAAAGGCCAGAGUAAAUCUAGCAGCAGCGCGCUGACUGGAGUCCUGUCUGCAAAGCAAGUUCAGGAUCUGUUAUCUGAAGAUCAUGGGUGCAGUCUCCCAGCUACUCCACAGUCCAUUUCUGAUCUGAAAUCUCUGGCAACGGCCCUGUUGGAGACAAUCCACGAGAAAAACAUGGUCAUCCAGCACCAAAGGCAGACCAACAAAAUCCUAGGGAAUCGGGUGGCUGAACUGGAGAAAAAAUUAAGAACUCUGGAAGUUUCUGGUUUGUGGAGUCUUCCAGGGGGCAAGGACACCAUACUGUUCAGUGACCCUGCUCUUCCCACCAUACAGAGAUCAAGAUCCCCACUGCUGAAGUUCAUCGAGCAGCCCACUGAGAACAAAGCAAAUUCUGAGGAUGGGGAGGUCCAGAAGCCAGAACGAGGUGGAAGCCAGGCGGCCACCGAGGCGUUGACAGCCCUGGAGGAUGCUGGAGGGCCCGCUGUCCACUCCGCGGCAAAUCACAACCACGGGAGACGGUGCAAACCCUUUCAUCCUUCAUCACUGCGGGUAGCGUCUGAGGAGGAAGGAAUGGACAGGCUUGGAGGGGAAAGAAUGAGACUGACAGAGGCCGAACCAGAAGGGGUCCAAAGAGCAAGUCCCAGGGAGGCUCGGAGGCACGAGAUGGGGACAGCCCCGCCAGGCCUGGCCUCCAAGGGGGAGGCCCCCAAAUCUUGCCCGGGUUCUUUUGAGUCCAGCCAGGCGGCAGCCGAAACCUCCACCCCGGAGGACGGCAAGGAGACCCCAGAGGGUGGCGGCACGGGGAGCGCCUUGAAAACCUGAAGGGGAAGGGGAUCCGCACGGUGACACGUCUAAGGCGCAGGGGACAGUAACGACUUAAGCAUCAGAACAGCGCUGGGAAGCUUCUUUCUCCUAACACACUUCAAAGCCUGCAAGUGAGAAGAGACCCAGGUCCUGUGGCAAACUGUGAAUAUUCUGAUGAUGCCAACACAGUUUGAUUUAUUAAAUGCGGGUCCUCAAGCUUCCCGGUGUCAUCUCUUUCUGCCGGAGACACGCUACUGUGAACACGGCCGGGCACAGAUUCGGUCCACCAUAUGGCUGGUUUUCGGCAUCCGUCUUUCUGUCAGCGUUGGUUUUAUUAGAGAUAAGAUGUUUUUCUAUUAGCGUUUAAUGUUGUCGAUCAAAAUUAUGGGAAGAGUUUCAAACGGAUGGGGUUUUUAAUCAGGUCCCCGUCUUUGUAAUGGUUAGGCGGCUGGAGAGAAAGGUGUAAUUGAGCAUAAUGGGUCCAGAGGGCUCGCGGCUCCGCUCCAUCAUGUCAGGGUCCAGGGGGACCUCCCAGCAUGGGUGUUCUUGGCACCCUGCCCAUGGCACUGUCUGUCAUGCCACUGACUGGCAGGUGGAGAGGGGCUUAAGUGGGCUCAGAAGGUGGGGUUUCCGGUUUGAAAUCCACAGCCCCUGUGGAGACCCGUUUGCUGACUGCUAGAGCUGAGCUUUCCAGCCUGUAAUUCUGAAGGAUUAAUCGACCCGGAGUGAUGGGAGGGAGAAGAGUGGGGGGAAGGGGACUCCAGCGGCAUUUUGAUUUUUCGUUUCUGAGAUAAGAGCCAGAGCCUGGGAAUGCUGGUUCUCUGCCUUCAACCCGUGCUGCCUGUAGGGUUUUUAUGGCCAUGGAGUGGUGGGUGUGGGGCUUGGGACAAGAUAAGCAGUUGGGGCAGGAAACCGCUUAGGACCGAUCCAGUUUCCUGAGCCACGUGAAACCUUGAACCCUUCACUCCCCCUGCGGGGCGUUAAGGCUGCUUCCCCUGUGCCGCCAGUUACCUGGAUCUUAGAGACGAGACGCAGAGCGCGUGGCCCAAUAGUGGCAAGAAAGAGGAAAACAAAAUAACUUCAUUACAGCCCGUUUCGGGGGACUGUGGAACCAAGAACCCAGGCUGGGAGAGGAGGGGGCGUCAGCCCUCCUGGUUCUUUCCUUAGGGAUAAAAUUAGCUCUUCUGGGUGACAUCUGGAACUGCAGAAAAUGGAAGGCCCAUCAAACGAUAGACCUUUCUUUGAGCGAAACUCAGUUCAUCACCCCAGAAAGGCCUGAUACCACAUCCCAAAGCUCAAAACACCCCUGAGAACCAGAAUCACUCCUUUGAGAGGCUCUCCUGCAGGAAAAAGAGAGGCUCCCGAGGUGGGAAAGUUGAAAAUUCAUCCAAAAUAUCAAGCGGAUAGAGCAGGUGUGUGAUCCUAGGUGUGAACCCCGCACGGGGGUAGCCAGCCCACCCCGAUGCCUCCCUGCCCUAUUUCAUCUCUGGCGUUACUCUGCUCCUGGAGCAGGAGCUCUGUCAGAUUUUGCACGCUCUCACCCUGAAGGACAGCGAAGUGGAGGCAAGAAGGUCCAGUUUGGGGCCCGGGUGGGCCUCCAGCUGCUUUCUUCCCACUCACCAGAGGUCACCCCAAUAGUGGAAGAGGGGCGUGCCCAAGUCGGUGCACUGUUGCUCCUAGACCCAGGAGCUGGGAUCUGGACAUACCAUGUGCCCCUUGCCCAUCAGGCCCGAUGCCCCAGUCAUCCUUCUGUGCUUCAGCCUCUCCCCGCUCCCCACACCCGCCCCCUCGACUUCCUCUCCAGGGAGGUGGCUUCUGCAGCUGCAGAGCCUGCACAGGCCAGCAGCCACGGAAAUAAUUUUCCUGCGGCACUAGGCCUUAACUCUCUGCAAAUGUUCAGCGCUACUACAUAGCCCGCCAGAGCCACCAAAGGAAAUCACAGCCAGAUUUAAUACAAUCAUAAUGAAAAGAAAAAUCUCUCCCCACGGAAGCACUGGUUUUGACACACAGUCGGCCAGGUGCACAUCUUUAGGGCCCAUUCCAUCACCUUCUGGAAAGCAGCGCUUAUAAGAAACGCCACCACAUUCCAUCACGGGCAGGGACACUACUGUGAGUCCCAGAGAGUGUGGGGUUCAGGGUGGGGCGGUCAGAGGGAGUGAUAACCCAAAUGGUGCAUGCAGUCUGCCUGGAGGGUUUUGUGUUAUUAGAUGGAAUUGGAGCCAAUGAGCUGAUCCUGUCACAUGAGUAACCUUGACAAUGCCCCAUAUACACACGUGACUCUGUCCCACCCCUGCUGUUCCAGCCCAACGUGGCUCCUCUGUUCCACAGACAUUAAAGGGAGUUUCAGCAAUUA